GUUCCGCUUCCCCCUCCGGCUCCUGCCGCCGCCGCCGCCUCGGUGGGUCCUGCCGCCGCCGCCGCCGCCAUUGCAGAGGCGCCGUGUGGCGGCCGCGCCCCGCUCAGCCCGUCCGUCCCCCGUAGGCGGCAGGCACCGCCCCUGCAGCCCGAAUUGAAAGGACCUGAGAAAAUUUUCCCUUAGAUCACAAGCUCUUGGAAAAUUGACCACUUUUAAAGUGCUUUCACUAGCUAUUGAGAACCAUGUCUGACAACGGAGAACUGGAAGACAAGCCACCAGCUCCUCCCGUCCGGAUGAGCAGUACUAUCUUCAGUUCAGGGGGCAAAGACCAGUUGUCUGCCAACCACAGUUUGAAACCCUUGCCUUCUGUACCAGAAGAGAGAAAACCUAGGAAUAAAAUCAUCUCCAUAUUCUCUAGCACUGAAAAAGGAAGCAAGAAGAAGGAAAAGGAAAGGCCAGAAAUCUCCCCACCAUCAGAUUUUGAGCAUACCAUCCAUGUUGGCUUUGAUGCUGUUACUGGAGAGUUCACUGGAAUGCCAGAGCAAUGGGCUCGGUUGCUUCAGACCUCAAAUAUCACAAAGCUAGAACAGAAGAAAAACCCCCAGGCGGUACUAGAUGUGCUGAAAUUCUAUGACUCCAAAGACACAGCAAAACAGAAGUAUCUGAGUUUUUCUGCUCCAGAAAAAGAUGGUUUCCCUUCAGGAAUGCCAACGACCAAUGCCAAAGGUUCAGAACCAUCAACAGCUGUGGCAGAUGAUGAUGAUGAUGAAGAAGCUCCUCCUCCUGUUAUUGCUCCACGGCCAGAUCACACAAAAUCAAUUUAUACACGGUCUGUAAUUGACCCUAUCCCUGCACCAGCCAGUGACACUUCUGUUGACAGUGCGACGAAAUCAGGUGAUAAACAGAAAAAGAAGACCAAAAUGUCGGAUGAAGAGAUCAUGGAAAAACUACGCACUAUUGUGAGCAUAGGAGAUCCCAAGAAAAAAUACACCCGAUAUGAAAAAAUCGGGCAGGGGGCUUCAGGUACAGUUUUCACAGCUAUUGAUGUGGCAACGGGGCAGGAGGUUGCUAUUAAACAGAUAAACUUGCAGAAACAGCCCAAGAAGGAGUUGAUUAUUAAUGAGAUCUUGGUAAUGAAGGAGCUAAAGAACCCCAACAUAGUCAACUUCCUGGACAGUUACCUUGUAGGAGAUGAAUUGUUUGUGGUGAUGGAGUAUCUAGCUGGAGGCUCACUAACAGAUGUGGUCACAGAAACAUGUAUGGAUGAAGCACAGAUUGCUGCUGUUUGCAGAGAGUGCUUGCAAGCGCUUGAGUUCCUACAUGCCAACCAGGUCAUCCACAGAGACAUUAAGAGUGACAAUGUUCUGUUAGGAAUGGAUGGAUCAGUUAAACUAACCGACUUUGGUUUCUGUGCUCAGAUCACCCCAGAGCAGAGCAAGCGCAGCACUAUGGUUGGAACUCCUUACUGGAUGGCUCCUGAAGUGGUCACACGGAAAGCAUACGGCCCUAAAGUGGAUAUCUGGUCUCUGGGCAUCAUGGCUAUUGAGAUGGUGGAAGGAGAACCCCCGUACCUCAAUGAAAACCCCCUGAGGGCUUUAUAUUUGAUAGCAACUAAUGGCACACCAGAGCUGCAGAACCCCGAGAAACUGUCCCCAAUAUUCCGGGAUUUCUUGAACCGAUGUUUGGAGAUGGAUGUAGAGAAAAGAGGAUCAGCCAAAGAAUUACUACAGCAUCCCUUCUUGAAACUGGCCAAACCUCUGUCUAGCUUGACGCCACUGAUCUUGGCAGCCAAAGAAGCAAUGAAGAGUAACCGCUAACAUUACUGCCACAGCCUUCAUCCUUUUGUUUGUUUGUUUGUAUUUUACAAAUCUUUAUAAUAUAUGAAAUUGUUACACUUCUGGGGGGAGGGAAGGUAUCUGGGGGGGUGGGAAAUGUCUGCAAAAGGGAAGAAACUCUCAUCCAGAAGACACCCAAAAUAAAUUGUGGUGACUCUAGUGAUCCCUGUCUGGGGUCCAGAAGGAAUUGAGGACUGAAUUACUGGCUUUUUUUUUUUUUUUUUUUUUAAAUUUCCACACAGCCCAGAGAUGCCACUUACUGUGCCUGAGGUUUUAGGGGUUUUUAACAACUUUGCUGUAACAGCUCCCAUUCAUUGUACCCUUCUGGGUACUCUCAAUACUUGAAUGACAGAUUCAAGCUUUCAGAGAGCAGUACUAAUUUUACCUGCUGUUCUCUUUCAUUCUCCUCUUCCUCUCCUCUACCUGUUUACAUUUAAAUUGUUCUUGUAAGCUCCCAUAUGACUAGAUUUAUGGCAAGUGUGACAAAUGUGAAGGUACAUAUUGCCCUUCAUUUCUUUUAUGGAUUAGCUGUCACUGUACUGUAGAAUUGACAACUUGGCUACUUAAGAAAUCGUAAUGUAUUGAGAUGUCUUUCACUUUUUAAGAUGAAUAUGGAGAGAGGGGGAAGAGAAGUAUUCAGCUGUUUCUCAUAUGCCAGUGCUCUGUGGACUUUUAAUCAAAGAUGUGGCCUCUUUGUAGAAACUUAAUGAUUGGUCAAGUCUUUGGAUGUCGGUUUAUGGAUGUGUAGGUAGGGGUCAGAUACUUUAUUUAUGAUCAAAUGAUCAGCUAUAGUCAGGGCAAGAAAAAAAUUCCAGCUGUCUUCCUGUCUGCUCUUUUUUUUUUCCCCCAUUAGACUUGCUGGCCAGAAGCUUAAGGGAUAAUGUGCUUGGUGUGGUGGGUGGUUCAAAAACAUGUAUUGUAUCUGUGCUCUGACUUGGGCUUUGGAAGUUAUGCUGGUGCCUUUGACUUUCUUAUUUUGCAUUUCCCUUCUUUGUAUCAAAUACAUUUUUGUAUAUGUUGUAAUUUUUUUCCCCAAGCAAAUAAUGCAUCAACCUAUGGAGUUGUCAGAGUUUAAGUAUUAGAGCUAUUUUUUCCAAUUUUGUAUGUGCUCCAUUUGUACUAAUGAAAUCAGAAGAAAAAAUAAUCUGAUCUGAGGACACUGAAGAUACAGGAUUUUUUAAAUAUGAUUCAAACAGAAGAUUAUAAACACCUGGAAAUGCCAAAGCGCUGUUCUGAAAAGACAAAAGCCGAGAGGGGAGAGCGGUGCUGUCAGAAGUUCAUGGGGCUUAUUUGACCGGCUAGUUCGAGGCUGAGGAGACGUAAUGUGUCACACCGAUCCUUUCUCACUAAAGACAUUGUACCGGCUAGAAUGACUGAAGUCAAACAUUCAAUGCAAGAAAAAGUGCCUCCCUCUGAAGGACAGUGAGCAACAUGAGCAGUUGAGUUCUUGGGGUGUUACCAGGGGCAAGUGUAGAAGAGCCCGUGCCCCUGGCUUCUUCCAGUGCUACAGUCUAUGCAUUUCAAUUUCCCCAACAGUUUAACGAAGAGCCAACUGUAGUAACAAUGUGCCAAAUGAUUCUGUGAAAGAACAAGCAUUACUUUAGUGGGAUUUUAUUGCAUUCCCACUGGGGCAGGACCUGGGACAGAUAGGGUUAUGACUGGGUAUGGACAGAGGACCCUGAAUAAGAAAUUUUUGCACACUUUUACAAACAUUGCUGGCAGAAGAUAGAAGUCAUUUUCAGAUCAUUUCAGUAUUUGUAUAGCAAUAGAGAUAACUACAUUUUGGGGACUGGUUGCCAAGGUAUGACAAAACCAACUUCCAGCUGAGAGCGGCUGGCCAGAACAGCGGGGGCUUUUUGUGUUGAUGAUGGAGGGGAAGCGGGGCUAGGGUCUCACAGCAUAUGCUGCUGUGACUCACUAGCUUCUAGGAAUUGGCGUGGUACCAACAAGCUGCCUUGUUGUGUAGGGCACUGCAGUAUUGCAGUUCAGCUUGUGUUCUGCUCUUGCGUGGUAGUAAAAAUUGACGUUGGGUAAAUUAUGUUAACUGCUUCAUCACAGGAAUAAAUCCCUCUAGCUAUAAGCGUAAGAGUAAGCGGUUUUAAAUUCAAGGAAGUGUCUCAUUCCAGGCAACGAAAUCUUAGAUGCAUUUCCCAGGCAAAAUGUAUUACGAGCUCUGGACUCUGUCGGCGAUGCCCCUGGUUUGAGUGUGUCUGGCUCCCUGAUCAAAUGAAGUAGCGAGGAGGCUUGGCUGAGAAAAAAACCCAUCAUACCAAUGAUUCCCUCUUUGUCCAUUGCUGGCAAUGGACUUUGUGAAACUCCUUGUGCCAGAGUUAAACUGGGAGCUUUUCUUUCUUUCUUUCUUUCUUUCUUUCUUUUUUUUUCUUUUUUUUGAUGGCACAAGCUAGACAGUAAGAUAACUUGCGAUUAAAUUUAGUUUUUUAAAAAUAGAAAACCAAGAAAUCAUAAGUAAUUUUAACUUAUUAGUUCACUUUUAUUGAUGAAUGAGAAUGGUUUAAAACACACGUUAAAAGAUUUGUCCAAUUUAGUCUACUUAGGAGACAAUUUCCAAACUUUCAGCCAUGUUGGCACACAAAACUUGGCCCAAUCCAGAAGUUACCAAAACAUAUCUUGGUGCUUGCUGUGCGACCUGGAAAGGUGCUUGACUCUGAGGUUGAGAAGUAUCCCCAUCUCCCCUUCCCCACACAGCAGCUUUAUUGUUACGUGGUGAGGUUUCUCACGCCCUGCUGCCAGAAAUCAGGGUCAGAGAUGGAGCUGGCAGAAGAGGAGAGCCACAAGAACGUCGCCAUGCUGUGUGGUUUUGUCUUAGUUGAUUGGGCAUUGCUUUUCUAACAAUGUCAGCUGGAUGUGUCUGCAAGAUUAAAAAAUGCAAGCCGUGUUUGUUUUUUCCCCUGAUGGGAGCAGAUUAGCAUCCUUAAGACUUGCAGCAGGGCUGUUCAACUCUGCUGUAUCACUAGGAGAGACAGAGACCAGCCAGAGUUCGAGUAGAUGAUGAGAAGGGAAGGAUUGCAUCUGAAAGUGCUGGGAUUCCAGUACAUCUUGCAUAAGAUCCUGAGUCAGGGUCAAAUACUCGUGAUACAUAUGAAGUGUAAUGUACAGUGGUGUGGUUAGUUGGGUAUAUGGAGCUGGGCAGCUUAUGGCUGAGAUGCACGUGUGCAGGGAAUGCGCGACUCCUGGGAUUUUCUUGUUAUCGUAGAAUAAACUGGACUUCUCAUUAAAAGCAACAGUGGGGCUGGGAAUGUGCACUUUGACCUGCCUUAGGUGUUAACAAGACUAAUUGUAGGCUUCCCCCUCCCCCUCCCUCCCCAGCUCUCCAGUGCAAAAGGUGUGGCUAGAACAGAUGGGAGAGGCUGGGUCCCUUUGUCAGAGGGGAUGGUGCUGGGGAGGGAGCAGGAAGGUUGUUAAGGGUCUCUCCAGCUGGAGCUGAAUAAAUAAAUGUCUCUGGUCCAUUUUUCCCUCUGUUCCUGACGCUGUCAAUGGAAAUGGAAGUAGGUGCAAGCUUUCUUUUUAUUUUUUUAACUCUGUUCAGAUUUUAAUGUUGCCUUUUGUGUAAUUUAAUCCCAUUAUGUUAUUUAAUUGUUACUGCAAUAUUAACUACUGUAUUUGUUGACUUUGUUUAAUAACUGUUCUUUCAGGGCUAGAAAUAAACUUUUAAAAAACAUUUGGGUUUUUUUCCCCCCUUCCCCGUCAUGAGCUUAUACCUUCUGAGACAAGAGUAGCUGAAAAGAGUACGUGUUUAGAUGUCUUAAUGAGAUUAACAAUGUAUUUGUUUGUAAUUUAAGCUUCUUCCAAAUGCUUUAAUUAUGAUGGAUAUAAUUUUAUGCUAUACUA